AUGGGGAGGAGCUAUAGUUACAGUCCAUCACCACCACCAAGAAGAAGGUACAGAAGCCCAAGUCCCGUGGGAUACUACAGAGGUAGGAGUAGAGAUGCCCCUACAAGUCUCCUUGUUCGCAAUCUCCGCCUCGACUGUCGGCCGGAUGAUUUGCGUAGACCAUUUGGGCGGUUUGGUCGUCUCAAGGAUAUCUAUAUACCUCGUAACUACUACACUGGCUCUAUUGCCAUAUCAAAAGGGGAAGGACAUCUACAAGAUCUCCAUAUGGUUACUCCAGGUCUCCAGGCUAUUCACGUUCACCAAACUACAGAAGAAGCUAUUCACGUUCGCCAGUCUAUAGGAGAAGCUAUUCACGUUCACCGUAUGAUGAAAGGCGCCGUUCAAGGAGAUCUGUUUCACCGGAAGAUAAGAGGCGAUCGUACUCAAGGUCAAGCUCAAGAUCUCGCUAUGAGUCGAGAAGCAGAAGCCAGAGUCCUGGAUACUCACGGUGAUUUGCUACGACCUAAUAAUGUGAAGAUGGAGAUGAGGUCUCACACUCUACUUGUUAGUCAUGUAUGA